UUUACCUUUUUAUUGACAAUUUAUCGAUUAUUUGUUUCUCUUGUGUCACGAAUUAACCUUUUGACGUUUUAGCUUUUCAUUCAUGGAUUUUCAUUUGUUUCAUUCUCACUCACAUGGAGUUUAUAUGUUAAUUUAAAAAGAAGCGGUUGUGUAUUGAUCACAACUCCAUCUACGGAUUAUCACAUUGGAUUCAUAGGUUUAAAUCAUUUCUAUUUGUGUGGAAGCUUUAAUUUUGGGGGUUUUCAAAAUGCAAGUCAGAUUACUUGCUGGUUCCAUUGUUGAUACUUUUGGUCUUCGGUGUUAUUGUUCAUCUUCAUCAAAAUGGGACAUUUUUGCUGCUCUCUGUUUGGAGAGAAGACCGAUCAUCGUUCCUGAGAUGAAUAUUAUCGAGAAAGCAAUGCACAAUUUAACGUUAAAUUAUGAAAAUAGUCGAAGUCUAUUAAGUGAUCAUGAGGUUAAGAUGAUCAGAGAUAAAGAACGACUUGAGAGAUUAUCUUCUGGUGCUGAAGUUUCCUCUGAAGAUUUCGAUCAAGCAGCACUGGAAACUGCCCAAGAAUUUGAAGACAAAUUUAACGAAGAGCUGAAGAAACUUGAAUUAGCUCCUAGAAAAACAAAAGACGAUGAGACAAGUAACUUCAAAUCAUUGAAUCGAUGUCUAGAUCAUAGAUUAUUAUUUUUUAUCAAUUCGCAAGUUGGUAAUCAUGAUAAAUGGACAUUACCUUUUGUCAAAAUUGAUAAACAAUCAUCUCUGAGACAAGCAAUCGAUGAACUUACCUCACAGUUAUUCCCAGAAAAUCAAUUAACACUCAGAGUUCUUGGAAAUGCUCCUCUAGCUGUUUAUACUUACAAAUAUGGAGCCAAAAACAGAAAAACUCUCGGUGCCACUGGAGCUAAAGUGUUCAUUUUAAAAGCUUACCACCUUAACGGUACACCACAAAUGGUGGAAUCAAACAAGUCACUUUUCCAUGAUUACAAGUGGUUAACAAUCAACGAAUCCCGUAAAAUAAUACCUUCUGCCUUUUGGAAAGUACUUAGACGAAGUCAUGUUAUCGACACCGUUCCAGAAAAUGUCGUGAAAGCCUCACUGGCCGUGGUGACCAGAAAAAAGGAAGAAUCAAAAGUGGCCGCUCAUUCUAGCAAUUAGAAUUACCAAUUAGAUAAACCAACUGUUAAGCUUUGGCCUACAAAAAGAAUGAGAUUUUCACUCAAUUUCGGCAUCUUUUUCACCACCUUUUUUAAUUGUUAUUUGUUUUAAUUGUUUCACGGUUGAUUACUAACUCACCUGUUGCUUCAGCUUCCAGGUAUCAAGUAAAUCGUUGAUUGUUAACCAUACGAAUCGUUUGAAAUCACCACCAACAACCACAUGCCGAAAACUAAUAUUAUGAAACAAAUGAAACAACGGAAACACAAACAAUCAGGAUCAACAAUGGAAUGAUUGUUGAUUCUGUCAUUUGAAUCUGUGGUGAUUUCAAUCAAUUAAAUUGAUGUCGAUUGCAAGAGUGUGUAGAAAAUUAAAUUAAAUUAAAAUAAAAAAGAGAAAAAUAUUGAUCAAUAAAAA